AUGGCGUGGCUGACUUUGCUCCUGCCACAGUUCCCCUUUGAUGGGGCCUCCCUGGAGACUGGUGGGGCUACUGAGGACACAGAGGACACAGAGAACACAGCCCCAGAGCUGGGUACACCAGGGCAUCAUCACAGUGAACUGCUCAGAUCCCUGCCCCAGAGGGAAGGCCCGGACCACACCAAGGCACUCGCCCCGGCCCCCACAGCUGUGCCUGAGCUGAAGCUUCUCUGCGGGGCAGAUGUCUUGAAGACCUUCCAGACCCCCAACCUCUGGGAAGACGCACACAUCCAGGAAAUAGUGGAGAAGUUUGGCCUGGUGUGCGUGGGCCGGGCGGGUCACGACCUGAAGGGGUACAUCUCAGAAUCGCCCAUCUUACGCAGGUACCAGCACAAGAUUCACCUGGCCAGGGAGCCUGUGCUGAACGAGAUCAGCGCCACGUCCAUCAGGCGAGCCUUGGGCCAAGGGCAGAGUGUGAAGUACCUGCUCCCUGACACCGUCAUCGCCUACAUCAAGGACCACAACCUCUACACCACGGACGGUUCCUGGAAAGGCACAGGCACCCUAAGCAAAGAAGGAAAGAGCAGCUAGAAGGGACUCACCAGCCAGCCACUCCUCCACUGAGCUCCUCCUGAGAGAGGGCUGUUAGGGUUUUUAUUUUGCUUUGGUUUUUGCUUUUCCAUUUUUCAUUCGUUUUAUUUCUACAAUUAUUUUCCCUUCUGAGAAGUCUCCUGUCCCAGGAAGCGAUGCCUUCUUUGGGGGGGAGGAAAUAUCUGCAUCCCAAGGAUAGAUAUGUAUCAGAGAAGUUAAAGUGGCAUGGCAGCUCAUUAUGGCUGGACAAAGUGUCAGAGCCGCUGGGCAAGGAGGCCUCCCUGUUUGGUGUAAGUGACAUGUAAGGUGUACACACUGACCGCGCUAGGCAGGGCCCCAAGAUGGCAUCAAAAUUGCUCAUGACGCGUUUUUAUCUAGGACCAGAUGCAGCAUGCUGGUCUUGACGGAGGGAUUUGACAGGCUGCUAACCACUGACCAUGUGGGCUUUGCCAGCGCCCUUGUUUCAAAUAGAAUAACACUAACAGAGGAGUCGAAAUUUGGAAACAGCACUUUGCUGAUUUACAUUAAAUCUUUCCUUACGGACUAUGGCCUGCCUGCCUACUGGCCUUUCAUAAAAUUUAAACUAAACUCUUGCUAAGCAGUGAUCCUCAAGCAAUAUUUUUGAUAGAGCAAGUAUUUUUAACACUGCUAUACUGUAAAUUCCAGGGCUCCUGAUUUCCAGGUUUCUAAAAGGAACUGAGUUAAAACAGAUGCCUGACUGUUUUUUGAAUGUUUUAUGACUGCCUGCCUGUUUGAAUAUUGGCAAAGGGAUAAAUAAUAAAUUGACAUCAAAAAGUA